AUGGAGGUUGAAGAUGGAGCGGAGCUCUGCUUUCCACAACUCCUAAACAGUUCCUGCAGGAAGCCCACAUCUCCUUGUUCUGAAGUUGUGCUCCUUCACAUUGUGCUGUCCUCCAUCUCUGUGCUCACUGUGGCUCUCAACCUGCUUGUCAUCAUCUCAGUCUCCCACUUCAGGCAGCUCCACACGCCCACCAACAUCCUCCUCGUCUCUCUGGCUGUCUCAGACUUUCUCGUGGGCCUCCUGCUGAUGCCGGGAGAAAUACUCAGAAAAACAGCCUGCUGGUUUCUUGGUGACCUCAUGUGUUCACUGUAUAAUUAUGUGUCCUUCAUCAUUACCUCUUCCUCAGUAGGAGACAUGGUGCUCAUCUCACUCGACCGAUAUGUUGCUAUUUGUGACCCUCUGCAUUAUACCACCAGAAUCACUGAGAGAAGAGUUAAACUCUGUGUUUGUCUGUGUUGGUUCUGUUCUGUUUUCUACAGCAGUCUCUUUGUAAAAGAUGACCUGACUCAACCAGGAAGGUAUAAUUCCUGCUACGGAGAGUGUGUUGUUGUAGUUGACCAAAUCGCUGGAGCAGUUGACCUUGUUAUGACCUUUAUUGUUCCAGUUUCUCUCAUCAUAGUUCUGUAUAUGAGAGUGUUUGUAGUGGCUGUGUUUCAGGCUCGUGCCAUGCGCUCUCACAUUACAGCUGUCACACUCCAACAUUCAGUGACUCUAACAGCAAAGAAAUCUGAGCUGAAAGCAGCCAGGACUCUUGGUGUUCUUGUAGUUGUGUUCCUAAUAUGUUUCUGUCCAUAUUACUGUGUGUCUCUUGCAGGAGACAGCUUGCUCAAUGCUUCUUCUGGAUCGUUUGUGUUCUAUUUGUUCUAUUUUAACUCAUGUCUAAAUCCUGUGAUUUAUGCCAUGUUCUACCCCUGGUUUAGAAAAUCAAUUAAACUCAUUGUUACUCUGCAGAUACUGCAACCUGGCUCCUGUGCAACCAAAAUGUUAUAG